ACCUUUUGAUUAUGUUAAACAUCUUCCGGGAGGAAGAAGAUAUAUUUAGGUGUUUUAGAAAGGGAAGGCUGUUUUCUGUGUUGUUUUUUUCUUCCCCCCAGGAGACCUCUGUUUUUGUUUUUAUUUUUUGUUAGCAGACUUGCUUUAUUUGGGGGAAAAAAACAAACAAAUAACAACAUAUUUCUUUCAUAACCAUAAUUUAGAAAACUUGACAGACCCUUGCCAUUGGGCAACGCAGUUAAUAAUUGACAAAGACGUACAGCGGGCCUUCAUGAAUGAUUCCACACUGACAGCUGGUGUAACUUACUCAGCUCCUCGCAAGCAGUUCUGCAAAGAGGAAUGGAAUCACUCCAAAUCUGGCAGCCCAGGAACCACAGAGACUUCAGCUGCCCCAUCUGUCUCCAAACAGCUACUCUCCCAGUAGAAACCAACUGUGGACAUUUAUUCUGUGGUUCCUGUCUAAUCACGUACUGGAAACACAGUCCCUGGUUAGGAGCAAUAACCUGCCCUCUCUGCAGACAAAAGGUGGUUCUUCUGGAUAACAUCUCUUGUGAAAAGCAACAGGAUAAGCCAAGCAAACAAGUUGUGCAUGACAUUAGAGCUUACAACAAGCGUUUCUCAGGGCAAACUCGACCGUUUUCAGAUUACCUUUACGACAUGCCGUUAUUCCUGACUCUUGCCUGGCGAGGAAUCUUUACCUGGGGUGGUCUCGUAUGGAUUUUUUUCAUAAGAGUUGUUGUUUGCUCCUUCGGAACAAUCAUAUGCUUUUCAUCUCCUUUUGACACGAUGCCUGGGCCUCUCUGUAGAACACUUGGAACAGCUGAUGACAUGGUAGUUGUUUCCCUUCUUUUAAUUUGUAUGAUAAACAUUUGUCAGCAAAUUGCAUCAAACGGGGUAAAUAUGGCAAGAUCUGCAGCUCAGAGCAUGCUGUCAGAAUCCUGAGCGACUCAAACUUUGAUUCCUUGGUCAAACUCCAUCAAACAGUGACAGACUUCUCCUUCAUUUGGGUCAGCAUGUGAUGGAUUUGUCAUUCUGCUGCAGACAAAGGCUGAAGCAGGACUCCGUGAUAUUUGGCGUGGCCAAAUGAUUUGAUGUGCAAGUGCUUAGAAGGCUAGUUUUACGUGCCACUGUAUAUUUGCUAGGCUCUUUCAUGCUUCACUUUUCUACAACUUAUCCUUAUAUAAAGUGCCUGAAUUGAAACUGCUUAAGGCUGUGAACAAAACCUAGAAUUAAAAUGCCAAUCAAAUUGCAGUUGAAGAUUUUUAGAACUCUUAAGCUUUGACAUUUUACAUCUUGGCUCUAUUUGAAUAAAACUUUGAGAACUUAGCAAACUCUGCAAUUUGCUAGGUUUCAUAUAACAAAAACAAUGUUUGGUAAUACCUCUACGAAAUCGUGUACUGGUACUUUGUGCUAUCACAGCUGAUUACAUGUCCAUUGGAAUACAGAUUUUUUACGCUCCACAGUGACUACAGUCCAAUUCUAAAAUUGGAUAAUAUGGCUUGGAAUAAAAAAGCAACUGCAAAGUAGAAGUAUUACAAGGGGAGACCUGCAUUAAAAGGAUCAUGCAAGAAAUGUGAACAAAUCUUGGUGUAAGUCUUCCGUAUAAGCCUAAGCAAGGUACACAGCUUUGUUGGAAUCUGUGCACCUAAGCUUUAACAAAGUCAGCAUAAACGUUUGCUUCCUUUGUAGGCUUCAUACACUCCUUGUGAUUUCCUUGUAAGCCACGGUACUGGUUCAGCCAGGCAGAUCAAGGACUAAGUUUAUGAUGAUGAUAAUAAAGUUUAUAGAAAGUCUGCUAAAGUUGGUGGGAAGUGGGGGUGGUUGUGUUGAGCUGUGAAGAGUUAAAAAUGCUGGUACAG